AUGGAACACGAGCAGGUCUGGAUAAAUGGCGUAAACACUGAAAAUAAACUUGCUGUACUAAAAUGGGCAAAAGAGACCAAAAUAAAUCUGGUCCAGGUAAAUGGUCAAAGGAAAUAUGGCGGACCCCCUCCAGAUUGGGUCGGUGAAGCUCCAGGUAUUGGCUCUGAAGUUUACAUCGGGAAAAUACCACAGAAUAUGUAUGAAAAUAAACUGAUACCCCUUUUCCAGACAGUCGGCAAAUUGUAUGAAUUUCGUCUAAUGAUGACAUUUAGCGGCCUAAAUCGGGGGUUUGCCUACGCCCGCUAUGCAAGUAGACGCAGAGCACAUGCUGCCAUUGCAACAUUAAAUGGGUUUGAGAUUGUCUGCGGACACAGAAUAAUUGUGAGCAGAAGCACAGAAAAAUGUGAGCUGCUGCUAUCCAGGAUCCCACGUCUUCUGGAGCCAACUUUAUUAAAGAAAAUGCUGCAGGAAAUCACAUUCGGUGUGGAAGGUGUCUUACUGUAUGAAAACCCCGUAAAUCCUAAUGAAAAGAUGGCCAUAGUGAAGUACAGAACCCACAGAGCAGCCGCCAUGGCAAAAAAAAAAUUACGUCAAGAUCCACAAUGUAUCUGUGGUCACUUUAUUGCUGUAGAGUGGCUGAAUUCUGAAGUUAGACAAACUCUUUACAGUAAAAGACCACAGUCUGAUUUCACUGGCCCUCAAGCAUUACAGAGAAAUGAUGCUAAUCCUUUGGAGGCUUUUAAUCGUGACGGGGCUAGAAACUUGUUUUUCACUCAACAACAAACAGAAGUUCCAGCCCUGACACCACACUAUUCCGUGGAAACCAGCUAUGCCCUGAACUAUUUACAAAAUCUUGAAAACAAGAAGCAGACUGGACAUCCUAUAUUACCUCCGUUCUGUGAAAAUCAGGAAGUAAAGAACGUAUCAAGAUAUAAUGACGGCCAAUUGGAUGAUGUGGGAAUGAAUGAGAGAAUUUGGAAUAUGGAGCAAAUUCUGAAAUGUCUUUUUGAUUUAAAAGUAAAACGGCAAAUUAUUCUUACUUUCUUCCUCUGCUUCUUCCUUAGCUCACUGUUCAGGAAGAUGUUCUAA